UCCGCUACUCUGUGGAUGCGAUGGAUCGUGCAGCAAGAGGAGGUCAUCUCGACGUCGUCAAGUUUCUUUGUCAACAGGGCCAGAAAUGCACAACGGAAGCUAUUGAUGGUGCUGCAAAGGAGGGGCAUUUAGAGGUUGUCGUCUGGCUUCAUCGAAACACAAGUGCUGGGGCAACCAAGGCAGCGAUGGUGCGAAACGAGAUAUUGCCUUGUUUGUCUUUCGCUUGACUAUCCAGUUGGCAAUGCUUGAGCUUAACACACAAACGUUAUCAAGCACUUGAUGCGUCCUCUCAUUCUGCAGGACCUGGGAAUGACGAGACAUUUUUUGCUAUGUGACAGUACAACACGUUUGGAGGACUCACAAGUGAUCUGGCUCAUACUUGCAUUUCUUCGCUCAACUUGAUAGAAUGACCUGGUAUUGGCACUGUAUGGAGCUGGCACUGGUGUUGCUGCUGCUGCUACCACUACUCCUGUUGUUGUCGCAUAGGAUUAUGCUGCUGCGAACGGUUUUUUGCCAGUGGUGCAGUGGCUGCAUGGCAACAGGCGUGAAGGAUGCACGGUCUCGGCCAUGAAUUGGGCCGCGGAGAACGGCCAUUUAUCGGUGGCACAAUUUCUGCACCACAACAGGCGCGAAGGCUGCACGACUGCCGCUUUCGAUCGCGCCGCGAUGAACAACCAUGUGCACGUCAUCAUGUGGCUCACCGAAAACCGUAGCGAGGGAGGCACCGAGAGCGCCCUGCAAUGGGCAGUGAGUAGGGGGCACACAAAGAUGGUUGCCCUUUUGUUGGCACCGAGGAAGGACAGCGGCAGUGAAGGUGUUGCUCUGAAAACGCGGGGCUCAAAUACGAGCGUCACCAGCAUCAAUUCACUUGACAGUCUAGGGCUCGGCCUGGACAGCCCCACCCUCAGCAUUGCCCAUGGCAAUGGGCACUUCGGCUUUAGCUGUUCCAAGUUCGCCAUGGAUAAGGCAGCACAGGGAGGACACAUUGAUGUGCUCCAACUACUGCACGACCAGGGCCAUGAGUGUACGACCAACGCCAUGGACUGGGCUGCGGCGUUCGGAAAAACGGAGACAGUCAAGUGGCUCUCCGAGAAUCGCGAAGAAGGGUGCACGAAAGACGCAAUGGACCACGCGGCAGCUGGCGGGCACCUGGAGACGGUCAAGUGGUUGCACGAAAACAGAAGAGAAGGGUGCACGCGCUUCGCCUUGACUGAUGCUGCGGGCAACGGUCACAUGGAGACAGUCGAGUGGCUUCACCGAAAACGACCCGAGGGGUGCGGUCGCCGGGCAAUGGAUGAUGCCGCUGCAAACGGGCACGUUGAGAUGGUUCGCUGGCUUUAUGACAACAGGUUGGAGGGAUGCUCAAGGGAAGCGAUGGAGCGCGCUGCUCGAAACGGGCACCUGGAGGUGGUGAAGCUGCUUCACGACAUAGGAGCGACCUGCACGUCAACGGCUGUUCACCUAGCUCAAGUGCACGGGCACCACGGUGUCUACCGCUUCCUCAACACUAUGUACCCUGGGAAGGCAUCACCGUUCGACGCAUUCUCAGACCCGACCGUGGUGGCGGAGCAGGAGAUGGUGGAUCAGGACAAAUGCUUGGACUUGGUGGUGCAACGAGAGGCGCGGCGGCGGCGGCAAUCCGUCAUCUUUGCUGACACGGUCGAAGCGUCGGAAUCUCGACGUCGGGCGUCGCUACCGAUACCAUUUGGGCACAAUGGGAAGCCGGCACUCAGCCGCAUUAAUACGUUCGGGCUGUAGCCUGUCAAAUGUUUGUGAAUCCCGUAGAUUUGUGGCCGUUUCCCUUCUC